ACCGGAUAUUCAAUCUGCCGUCAAAGGGUUACAAGUGUCGUGAUCAACAGAGAAGUUAAAUAGGAGCGAACCUCCGGGUUGAGAGAAGUGGGAGCGAGAAAGAGCAGUCCACGUCAUUGUAUGAACAUGUCUGAGCCUAUUAGAGUUCUGGUGACCGGAGCUGCUGGACAGAUCGCCUAUUCCCUGUUGUUCAGCAUUGCCAAGGGAGAUGUCUUUGGGAAAGAUCAGCCAGUCAUCUUGCUCCUUUUGGACAUUACGCCCAUGUUGCCUGUCCUGGAUGGUGUUGUCAUGGAGCUGCAGGACUGUGCCCUCCCACUUCUGAGAGAUAUUGUCCCCACUGACAAGGAGGAGGUGGCCUUCAAGGACCUGGACGCAGCCAUCUUGGUGGGCUCCAUGCCCAGGAAGGAAGGCAUGGAGAGGAAGGACCUGCUCAAAGCCAACGUGGCCAUCUUCAAGAGUCAGGGCGCUGCCCUGGAGAAGUACGCCAAGAAAACCGUCAAGGUGCUGGUUGUGGGAAACCCUGCCAACACAAACUGUCUGAUUGCAGCCAAGUCUGCUCCCUCCAUCCCCAAAGAGAAUUUCUCCUGCCUCACUCGUCUGGACCACAACAGGGCUCGCUCUCAGGUAGCAAUGCGCUGUGGUGUUCCUGCCACCCAUGUGAAAAAUGUGAUCAUCUGGGGCAACCACUCGUCCACCCAGUACCCAGACGUGCAUCACUGCUUGGUCAAUAUGUCGGGUAGCGAGCUCGCUUGCUUUGAGGCAGUCAAGGAUGAUGCCUGGCUUAAAGGAGAUUUCAUCGCUACUGUGCAGCAGAGGGGCGCUGCGGUCAUCAAGGCCAGGAAGCUGUCCAGUGCCAUGUCUGCAGCCAAGGCCAUCUGUGACCACAUGAGAGACAUCUGGUCAGGCACCCCUGAGGGUGAGUUUAUCUCCAUGGGUGUUUACUCCUCUGCCAACUCCUAUGGAGUCCCAGAAGACCUCAUCUACUCAUUCCCUGUCCAGAUUAAGGACAAGAAAUGGAAGAUUGUAGAGGGCCUGGUCAUCAACGAUUUUUCCCAAAUGAAGAUGGAUGCCACAGCAGCAGAGCUGAUAGAGGAGAGAGACACCGCUGUUGCUUUCCUAGGAGUAUGACUAGACCCUGCAAAGCCCCCCAACCAACACUUAGACAGCCCCAAAACUCCAGACGCACGUCUG